GCUCGUGUCAAGCAUCCACGACACCCCGAGAUGGAUAAGACCGGCCCCCUCCUCCCCAAAACCCUAGUAUCCCCUUUUCUUCCCUCUCGUGCCCCUGCCUCUCCUGCUCAACGCUCGUGCAAAGCCGUCACCGCCGCCUUCGUCGAUUCCACGGCCACCGGCCUCCUCUCGCCACGCCAAGACAUCCAGGAGCUCCUCCCUCGUCAUCUCCUUUGCCCGCGCAUAAGGGCCCGAGCUGGGAGGCCCCGUACGCUCGCCAUCGCCGUCGUCUUCGCCCACGGCCGCCGCAUCUCGUCGUCGAGUUCUUCGUGUCCGGCCACCCCCGCGCUCCCUGACCAUGUCCACAAGCUCCACGACCCCGAGACCGAUGCCGCCCCUGUGAUCGUCUACGUCGUCGACGACACUUCUUCCUUUACAGAAGCCGCCAAGGCUCAGGAGGAAGGCAGCGUCGUCUCUUAG